AUGGCGGGAAAUGGAGUUGACUUCAAUUGCCUGGAGUUCUUCAAGGAAGAGAUUAGAAACGAGAAUGCGACCAUCAAGAUCGGUGCAGUGAACCAAUUGCAUCUUAUCGCCUCAGCCCUGGGUCCUCAGAGGACCGUCAGCGAGCUCAUCCCUUACGUCGUGCAGGUCGUUCAGGAGGAGCCUCUCUGCAAUGAUGACGAGUUCCUGUACUCCAUGGCGAGGCAGUAUGCAGUUCUCUCGGACUACAUCAAUGGGAAUGAUGAGAUGCUCAUUGCACCCUUGGAGCACUUGGCAGCGCAAGAGGAAACUGUGAUCAGAGAUCAGGCCAUUCAAUCCCUCUGCAAGGUCAUUGAGAAAAGGCCGGCCCUGGCUCCUGACUACUUGGUGCCGGCGCUCCACCGCUUGGCCACCAAGACCGACUUCUUCACCGCGCGCGUCUCCGCCUGCGCUUUGCUGCCCUUGGCAUAUCGCCAUGUCAAAGAAGACCAGAAGGCAGGUCUGCGAAAGGCCUUCACCAUGCUCUGUGCCGAUGAGACGCCCAUGGUGCGUCGGGCAGCCGCUCACAAGAUGCGCGACUUCGUCUCGGUCUGCGCCAAGCAGGACCUGUUGACGGAUCUCAUUGGAGUCUACAAGCAGCUGUCGCAGGAAGACACUCAGGACACGAUCCGCGUGGCCUGUGUCCAUGCGACCUUGGUGAUUGCCAAGAUGCUCAAUGCAGAUGAGAACCGACAGCACACGGUCACCGUGAUCAAGGAGGCCGCCGAGGAUCGAUCCUGGCGCGUCAGGCUGACCGUGGCGAAGAACUUCGAUCAGCUGUGCCAGGCCUUUGGUCCGGAGCUUACGGCUCAGAAGCUGAUGCAGCCCUUCAUCCAGCUGAUGAAGGACAAUGAGCAGGAAGUGAGAAAGGAGGCCGUGCGUGUCAUUGAGGCAUGCUUGAACCUGCCGGGAAGCCCAGCCUCGGAGCCUCAGAGGCACAUGCCCAGGAUUGACGUGCAAUGCUUUUUGUGCAGUGUUUUUGCCCUGACUUUAAGUCUUCGAGCUUUACCUCAGAUCCAUCGUGUCACAGCGACACAACGCCAAGCAUUGCCAGUCUUGGGGACUGUUGUUGGUGGAAAAGCAGCCUUGGCCGUUGGUGUCGGCUUGGGCUCAUCCUUCUUGAGCGGAUUCGCUUUGCUGUGGGCCUUGGUGCGAAAGAGACCCAAGUCGACGCCACCUCAGGGUCCUCCGCUUCUUCGCCCCGGCAAAAAGCCGAAGAUGCUGGCGCCAGCGGCCACGAAGACGCUGAAGGUUGUCCUGCUCGGCAAGACCGGCCACGGCAAAUCCACGGUGGGGAACAAACUGCUGGGGCAAAGCGCGUUCAAAACGAGCUACAGUUUCUCCAGUGAGACGAAAGGCAUCCAGAGUGACAGCUCUCGACACCUUUGCCCUCAAGACUAUAUGCCCUACAAUCUUCAGGUGUAUGACACUCAAGGCUUUAUGGACACAAACAUGAAGCUAAUGGUCAAUAUGACAGAAGCAAUUCGACGUGAGCUGCAAAACAUUGUUGAGCUCUGGAAGGAGACAAAAGGAGGUGUGCAUGCGUUUGGCUACGUUGUGAAGCUCGAGCGUAUGACGGCGAUGGAUGGGGAGUUUGCAGGAUGUAUCACCAAAUACAUUUUUAAUGGUGCGCACGGUAUGCCAAACCUUUUCCUUAUCAUGACCUAUUGUCAGAUGGAGUUGCUGCAAAUGGAUGAAGAGGAGAAGGCAAGAUGGCUGCAGGUCGAAGCGAAUAGAAAUUCUAGUUUCAGGACGCUUUAUGACCUUGUCGGGAAGAACCCGACCCAAGUCAUCCUGGUGGACAACCAGCGCGAUGAAGAAAUGCAAACUACUUAUGGGCACUGGCGGCAGAUGAUUCAUGACAUUGAGAGUCCUUUGGAAUGGAAAAAUGAUCACGGGUGGAAGAAGUUGAGUGAUCUCAUAAACCAACAAGAGGAGCUUGCAAGAAAUGAAAAAAACAACUGCUGA